ACCGUCCCCUCGCUGUCCCCGCAGCCCGCCGCCGUGGAGGGCAAGGGCGGCGGCAAGGCCAGCAUGCUGCGGGGCCGCAACGCGGGCACGGCCGCCGAGGAGCAGCCGCACAUCGGCAACUACCGGCUGCUCAAAACCAUCGGCAAGGGCAACUUCGCCAAGGUCAAGCUGGCCCGGCACGUGCUGACCGGCAAGGAGGUGAGGGGCGCCGGGCUGGGCUGCGGGGAUGGGGACAGGCUGCGUCCUGGGGGUGCCACCACGCUGUGGGGACGGUCCUGGACUCCCCAUGCCAGUCCUGGGGGUGCCACCGCUCUGCGGGGACGGUCCUUGUUGUCCAAGUGCCACCGUGGCGCAGGGACAGGCCGGGUCCUGUGGGUGCCAGCGCAGUGUGGGGACAGGAUUGUGGCUCUUGUCCCGUGGGUGCCACCACAGUGUGGGGACAGUUCUGGGCUCCCCGUGCCGGUCCUGGACAGUUCUGGGUCCUGGUGCUUGCCCUGGGGGUGCCAGCACAGCGUGGGGACAGUCCCUGUGCUCCAAGUGCCACCAUGGCACAGGACAGCUUUGCAUGCUGGUCCUUGCCCUGGGAGUGCCACCAUGGCCCAGGGAUGGGCUUCCUGUCCCCAGCAGGGAGGGGCUCUGGGCUGCCUCUCACCCCCCCUGUGCCCCCCAGGUGAGGUGUUCGAUUACCUGGUGGCCCACGGGCGCAUGAAGGAGAAGGAGGCCCGGGCGAAGUUCCGACAGAUAGUGUCGGCCGUGCAGUACUGCCACCAGAAGUUCAUUGUGCACAGGGACCUGAAGAGGUCCCCAGACCCUCCCCUGCCCCCCCCAGAUUUCGGCUUCAGCAACGAGUUCUCGCGCGGCUCCAAGCUGGACACGUUCUGCGGCUCCCCCCCCUACGCCGCCCCCGAGCUCUUCCAGGGCAAGAAGUACGACGGGCCCGAGGUGGACAUCUGGAGCCUGGGGGUCAUCCUGUACACGCUGGUCAGCGGCUCGCUGCCCUUCGACGGGCAGAACCUCAAGGAGCUGCGGGAGCGGGUGCUGCGGGGCAAGUACCGGAUCCCCUUCUACAUGUCCACGGACUGUGAGAACCUGCUCAAGAAGUUCCUCAUCCUCAACCCCACCAAGAGGGGCACCCUGGAGGUGAGGGGACCCCAACGUGCCUGGGACCCCCAAGGACACCUCAACAUCGGCCUGGGACCCCCAGCGUGGUUCUGGGAACCCCUGAGACCCCCAGAGCACCCCAGGUUCUCUGAGCUGAUGGUGUCCAUGGGCUACACCCGCGAGGAGAUCCAGGAGUCGCUGGUGGGGCAGAAAUACAACGAGGUGAUGGCCACGUACCUGCUGCUGGACCACCGGGGCUCCGAGCUGGAGGAGAACCUGUCCCUGAAGCCCCGCGUGGCCCCGGAGGUGGCCAACAGCUCGGGCCCCUCCCCCGCCCACAAGGUGCAGCGCAGCGUCUCGGCCAACCCGAAACGGCGCGUGAGCGACCAGGGUGAGACUGGGCACAAACUGGGGGCACUGGGGGCACACACUGGGGGUACUGUGGGCACAAACUGGGGGUACUGGGAACACUGGGGGCACACGCUGGGAGUACUGGGGGCACAAACUGGGGGUACUGGGGGUGCUGGGAACGCGAAAUGA